AGAUAUAAACCCAGUGUUAAUGUCGUCACUGCCUAGGUCAUGCCUCCAGUCACUGAAGUAACUAAUGAAAUAUGCGUACUGUGUCUUUAAAAGUAGUUUUUGAAGUGGGGAAGGUCGACAAGGAAGGCACAGAGAAGAUGGAUACAUUUGCCCCCGUGCUGUUACGAAUUUCUGAUGGUUUGAAAACAGAAAAUUUGGAAGCCAUGAAGUUCUUGUGUAGUGACAUUGGAAAGAAGAAGCUGGAGAAAGUCGACAAGGGGAUACAGCUUUUCCAGUACCUUCAAGAAAUGCAGAAGAUCGGAGUGGGAAACACACAGUAUCUCCGUUCCCUGCUGAAAAACAUUAAAAGGCCCGAUCUUGUCGAGAUACUGGACGAAUUUGAGAAGCAUGGUCCUGGGCCGCAGGAAGAUCUACCUGACGCUGCGGAGCGAGACAAACUGGAUAUUGCAACACAAGUUAUCGUUGAUAAUCUAGGAAAAGACUGGCGGAUGUAUGGGAGAAAACUUGGAAUAAAAGAUGCUAAACUGGAUCACAUAAGGGAGAAACACCAAUACAAUCUACACGAACAGGUCAUUGAGCUCAUCCAAGAAUGGAGGAAAAUGCGCGGAGCCAAAGCCAAGGCAGAAGAUUUAAUCCAAGCUCUUCGGAAGUGCAAUUUAAAUUUAACAGCUGAUCUCAUAGGACAGAAGCUUCUCUAAUGGGAGGAAGGGAUUUUUUUUUUUUUUUUUAUUUAAUCUUUUUGUAUUGUGAUCUUUCAUCUUCAUUUUUGUGCUCUUUGUAAAUGCAUCACCAGCCAAAUUUUACCAUGUUUUAUAAAAUUAGUUAUGAUGAUCUUUGAUUCUGGUACUUUUGUUGUCUCACUAUAAUAACAUGAAAAGUAAUAUAAAUUUGCUGCUUAUUUUGGUCAUUGGUUUUUAUUUUUUGAGUGAUAUUUAGGUCAGUAGCUGCCGGCUAGUCAAUUUUGUUUGCUGAUCUGCAGUCGUUAUGUUUUUUGGGAUAAGAAUAUACUGUUUCAUAUAAACUCCACUCCCCACGAACUUCUUCCCAAUCACUCGCCUAAAAAAUAAUAUAAUAUAAAUAUUAUAAUAGUUAUAUCUUGUCAGUUUAAUGUUUUUGUAACUUUUAGUUGGGCCUGGGGUUUGAAUCGGAUGAAGAUGCAUCUGAAAUUACUUUGAAUCCAGUUGCUUUAACUGGAAAAACGCAUCGCAUACGAUUGAAGUUGAUGCUUCUGGCCACGUUUUAAGUUUGCCUUCACAAGAUGCUUGUCACACAUCUGCCAACUGCCCUCCCCACCCCAACAUACUAAGAUAAAAUGCUAAAAAGCAUGAGGGAGUCCAUUGAGCCAGCUGAGCUAUAGGACAAAAUCAUUGUGUCAUUUUUGCAGUAUUUCACAGAAGUUAUGUGCAAUGGCAUUACGCUGGACGCCCAGUCGACACCAGGAUCAGUGUAGGUUAUGUGCCAAUGAAAAUAGAGUUCCCGUCUGGUGGAGCUGUAGUGUGAUCAUAUGUGAAUCAAGCAAAUGAAAUGGAUUUACUGGUGAGCAUCCAGAAAGUAACCUCAAUCUUUGGCUUGAAUUUAAUAUAUAUAUACUAUGAAAGUAAAUUUACACUGGAUUGUUAGCUAUGCAUGGUGCAUUUGAGUGAAAUGUUUGUGUUAGAUGCGAGUCAGAAGAGGUGUUUCAGAGAUUAUAUAAUUUUAAUAUGUGCUUCACUUGUUUUAUAAAUAAAUACAAAAAAAAAUCACAUAGGUCUUUAUUUUAAAAGUUGAUCGUUUUUCGCACUUUACAUCUCAUGUAAAAAUUAGCAUUACAUGUAUACUGUUAGUGUCAUUCAAAGGAAUGUAACUAAAUGUUAUACUUGUAAUACAUUUUCACUAAUGCAAAAAACAUGAAAGGUCACAACAGGCUGAAGACCAGGCCUUGUUUUGAUUCAGUGUCUAAAAAGUGCACCAAACAGAGAUAACAAUUUGCUUCUGAGGUCUGAACUCUAGAUUUUCUCUUUUCUAAAAAAAAAUAAAUAGCUUUGCAACCCAUACAAAGCA